GCAAGGGUCUGUUUCCGUUUCCACGUCCCAUAUUCUUUGCUUUCGCGUCGCCAGUCCAAAGAUUCAGGUCUGAGAUAUACCAACCCUAACAGCGACAACGAACAACGACAGCGUGGAACGAAUCCCGGACGUGUAUUACGACGCCACGGCACGCGCGACUUCCGAUCAUUUGAUGAAGCUGAGCGGUUGAUGCAAAGCAUGCACAGCUACAAAGCUUAGCCUAGUCGCGCGACCACGGUUCAAGAGCCGCAUUGGCAUCUUUAUCUACGAAAACCACUUCAUCGCGCACUCACAGGCAGCUUAUAAGUUUAUUAUUCGCCGACACCUACCGCCGCGACCGAGAAAUCGACCAAUAAAUUAUGGCAGCGAAUCUUUCAGUGUCGGACCAGAUCCGGCAGCUUGAUGAUGCACGAAAGUUGGUUUUGGGAGAUGUCAAAUAUUAUCCCAGUGUUGUCAAGGGAAUACUGCCCAUCAUCGGACCAAGUGCAGCGCUCGAGCUGCGAAGAUGGGGAGCCGAAUUUCUGGCUGAAGCUUUUUCGACGCCCGCUCUACCAAAUGGAGAAAAGGAGACCAUGCAACCUUAUGUUUUACCAACAUUGGAGUCUAUGCUCGAGAAUGAGCGUGAAGAUCCUCAAGUUCUGCGAAGUGUGAUCCAAUGCGUUGCCAGUAUCUAUCCCUUGGCGAUGAGAUGGAUCAUCAACAACGGAUACGACACAAUCACUUGGGAAAGAAUGGUAGCUGUGAAACAAAAGGUUCUAAGGAUAUGGGACAAUGCUAGCCCUACCGUGAGAAUCUGUUGCAUCAAGUUCGCGCAACGUGUAGUUCUGGCACAGACAGCGGCGACGGGUUCUGAGCUACGAGUAUGAGUCAGUGAUCUAGAUAAAUGGGGAUGUCGCUAACGUAUGGAAACAGUAUGGUGGUACUCUAGAUGUCUCGCUGGAUAAAGUCCCCCCAAAUCACCAGUCACUUGAUCCUCGGAACUUGGAGGCUGAAGCGUCCGGACUCCUGGACCGAAUGUUGGCAACUCUGCAGGAGAGCAGUGAUGCUCUGCUCGUAGACGCAACGUUAAACUGCAUGUCUAUCCUCGUGAGGACACGACCAGGAACCUCGAACCGGGUCAUCAAUGCUCUUCUCAACUUCAACCCCCUCAAGCUCGCAAACUCUCCUCUAACCCCCAAGACCCGCGUCAUGAUUAGAUCUAUGGAGAAAACAACUCGAAUGUUGCUCAUCCAUCUUGUGAAGCGAGAUCCCAACAAUCCAAUGACUCCUAGGAUACAGCAGCACGUAGAACGCAUGAUGCGUACCAUGGCAGAAUUUUUUGACGAUUCUGGACGGAAACGCCCCCUCGAGCCAGCACCACAAGACGCCUACGACGCCAAACGACAGCGAUUAUCCCCAGCACAAAUUCAAAUACCACCGCUGGGCCCUGGCCCUCACAGCCUAGCAGACGUUUUCACACUCAUCGACAAUACUGCUCUCAAAAACUUCGAUAUCUCGCAAGUUCCCGCUCCUUUAGUCGCCAGGAUCGCUGUCACCACACUGUCGAGACUUGACCCCCAAGUAUUAUCUAAAGCAGUCGAUGGUAUUCGUGGCCGUCUCGACGCCCUAGCCAAUGCUCCGGCUCCUGAGUUAAAUCCCAACACCGCCCCGUUGGGUGUAGAGGAAGACGAUGAUGACUAUGAGCCUGAUUUCUACCAGGCUGAGGACACAGAACAGAUUCUCAACAAGCUAGAUAGCUCACCCAUGCAUGAUGCACCAGUAUUGGACGAUGGCCUUGCACUGAAGUCAUUCCAUCUUCAUCAGCCUAGCGCUCUAACCCCAGAAACGGCAUUGACAGCAGGCAACGGAACAGUUACCCGGGUAAUUGAGAUGAUGAAGUCACUAGAAGACCCAGCCAAGAAGAGUAAGGCUGGCUUCAGCAGAUUAGCAGCUAGUUCUGGAAAUCGGGAUUCUUGGAUGACAAUACUGGCACGACUAGCAACGCGCUCUGUGGCCGGUCUCGAGGAAACCUCUAUCAAAGAGGAGGGUAGCUCAUCAGCACCCCAGUCUCUCAGCAACAAUAUUCGCGACGUUUUAUAUUCCUAUGUGAUGGAGGACUUCCGAAAGCAUAUUGAUGUGGCGGUCUCAUGGCUCUGUGAAGAGUGGUACAACGACAAACUACAACAGAAAAAAGGCGGCGAUCGACCCUUGUACUACGAAAAGUGCUGCUUGCGUUUGAUUGAUGGAUUUUUGCCAUAUCUGCACCCUCAGGACAAAGUGUUGACACGUUUCUUGAGUGAAAUACCCGAGCUAAACAAGAACCUCCUGUCGCGCGUGAAGCACAUGUGUCGCGACCCCAGCGUUGUUCAGCUAGCUUUGACAAGUCUUCUAUACUUGGUCAUGAUGCGGCCACCUGUCAAAGAGAUUGCACUGGACACAGUGCAAGAUAUCUGGACCGAAUUUGAAGAAUCAAGACCUAUGGCAGGCAAGUAUUUGACCAAAUAUCGGCCAACUUUCAUGGAGUCUGCACGAAAUGCUGCCAGUGAAUCUGGACAGUCUGCAUCGCCUGCUAUUACCGCUUGAAGCGGGCUGCUAGUUUUAGCACCGAAGUCAUAAUGGAUCGCUUAAUGGAAAGUGCAACGAUACGCGAUUGUCACUUUAUCUGGUUGUAUCAAAAGAUGUAAAUCGUUAAGAUGAUGGGUGGAGUUGCUCUAGCCACGAAACCCGGCUAGCAAAGGAAUGGCUUGACGUUACUUUUCAGGCACACUAGUUACAGAAACAGAAGGCCUGGAGUGGACAACUGUCUCAGGAUGACAGAAAAACUAAAUCACGAAAUAAGGCAUUCAACGGCGUUAAAGGGUAGAUACAGGAUUGAAAUACCAGUCGAUGAUGGGGAGGGAACGGCAUUGUCUGUUUGAGUUGACCGUUAUAAAGCUGUAAAACAAUUUAUGAGGCGCGCAUCUAUCGUUACACACAGCCAUGCAUGGUUUUGGGAAGAAAAUACGACGUCUCGAUGGCAGACUUGUCUUGAUUUGUCUAUGGCAAGACAUAGUAAUAUUGUGUCAAGUAUCAUUUUGAGGAUAAAGACCCAGAGCCGCGAACUU